AUGAGGCUUAUCGGCCAGGUUUUAGCAAGAAUGGAUGUCGAAAAAAACCUUACUGAAUCUGCACCAACUCCAACUGCCACUUAUUGUCGAAGGAAUAAGUCUGAUAAUGGUAGCUUUGUCUCCAAUUUGAGGGACCACCUUCAUGAGUUCAUCCACUCUCCUAUGGAAGAACACAAGGCUUGCUUAAAAGCAAAUUUUCAAAAGAUAAUGGGAAAGUUCUCAGAAAGAACUACUGGCCCCAAAGAAGGUGAAAAUUCUCUGCCCCUUGAUACAACUGUGAAGAACUAG